AUGAAAGGCAACGAACCAGCAUUGUUUGGGACCACCAGAAUCAUUAUAGGCAACGAAGCAGCAUUGUUUGAGACCGCCAGAGUCAUCAUAAGUAACGAAGCAGCAUUGUUUAAGACUGCCAGAGUCAUCAAAGGCAACGAAGCAGCAUUGUUUGAGACUGCCAGAGUCAUCAUAGGUAACGAAGACGCAUUGUUUGAGACCGCCAGGGUCAUCAAAGGCAACGAAGCAGCAUUGUUUGAGACUGUCAGAAUCAUCAUAGGCAACGAAGCAGCAUUGUUUGAGACUGCCAGAGUCAUCAAAGGCAACGAAGCAGCAUUGUUUGAGAAUGCCAGAGUCAUCAUAGGCAACGAAGCAGCAUUUUUUGAGACUGCCAGAGUCAUCAAAGGCAACAAAGGAGCAUUGUUUGAGACUGCCAGAGUCAUCAAAGGCAACGAAGCAGCAUUGUUUGAGACUGACAGAGUCAUCAUAGGUAACGAAGCAGCAUUGUUUGAGACUGCCAGAGUCAUCAAAGGAAACGAAACCGCAUUGUUUGAGACCGCCAGAGUCAUCAAAGGCAACGAAGCAGCAUUGUUUGAGACUGCCAGGGUCAUCAUAGGUAACGAAGCCGCAUUGCAACGAAGAGCAUUGUUUGAGACUGCCAGAGUCAUCAUAGUUAACGAAGCAGCAUUGUUUGAGACUGCCAGAGUCAUCAAAGGCAACGAAGCAGCAUUGUUUGAGACUGCCAGAGUCAUCAUAGGCAACGAAGCAGCAUUGUUUGAGACUGCCAGAGUCAUCAAAGGCAACGAAACCGCAUUGUUUGAGACUGCCAGAGUCAUCAAAUGCAGCGAAGCAGCAUUGAUUGAGACUGACAGAGUCAUCAUAGGUAACGAAGCAGCAUUGUUUGAGACUGCCAGAGUCAUCAAAGGCAACGAAACCGCAUUGUUUGAGACUGCCAGAGUCAUCAAAGGCAACGAAACAGCAUUGUUUGAGACUGCAAGGGUCAUCAUAGGUAACGAAGCCGCAUUGUUUGAGACCGUUAGAGUCAUCAAAGGCAACGAAGCAGCAUUGUUUGAGACUGCCAGAAUCAUUACAGGUUACGAAACCGCAUUGUUUGAGACUGCCAGAAUCAUCAUAGGAAACGAAACCACAUUGUUUGAAACCGCCAGAAUCACAAUAGGCAACGAAGCAGCAUUGUUUGAGACCGCCAGAAUCAUCACAGGUAAAAAAACCGCAUUGCUUAAGACUGCCAGAGUCAUCAUAGUUUACGAAACCGCAUUGUUUGAGACCGCCAGAGUCAUCAAAGGCAACGAAGCCGCAUUGUGUGAGACCGCCAGAAUCAUUAUAGGCAACGAAGCAGCAUUGUUUGAGACUGCCAGAGUCAUCAUAAGUAACGAAGCCGCAUUGUUUGAGACCGCUAGAGUCAUCAAAGGCAACGAAGCAGCAUUGUUUGAGACUGCCAGAGUCAUCAUAGGCAACGAAGCAGCAUUGUUUGAGACUGUCAGAAUCAUUACAGGUUACGAAACCGCAUUGUUUGAGACUGCCAGAAUCAUCAUAGGUAACGAAAUUGCAUUGUGUGAGACUGCCAGAAUCCUCAUAGGCAAGAAAGCAGCAUUGUUUGAGACUGCCAGAAUCAUUAUAGGUAACGAAACCACAUUGUUUGAAACCGCCAGAAUCACCAUAGGCAACGAAGCAGCAUUGUUUGAGACUGCCAGAGUCAUCAAAGGCAACGAAGCAUUAUUGUUUGAGACUGCCAGAGUCAUCAAAGGCAACGAAGGAGCAUUGUUUGAAACUGCCAGAGUCAUCAUAGGUUACGAAACCGCAUUGUUUGAGACUGCCAGAAUCAUCAUAGGAAACGAAACCACAUUGUUUGAAACCGCCAGAAUCACCAUAGGCAACGAAGCAGCAUUGUUUGAGACUGCCAGAAUCAUCACAGGUAAAGAAACCGCAUUGUUUGAGACUGCCAGAAUCACCAUAGGCAACGAAGCAGCAUUGUUUGAGACUGCCAGAAUCACCAUAGGAAACGAAACCGCAUUGUUUAAGACUGCCAGAAUCACCAUAGGAAACGAAACCGCAUUGUUUGAGACUGCCAGAAUCACCAUAGGAAACGAAACCGCAUUGUUUGAGUCUGGCAGAAUCAUCAUAGGCAACGAAACAGCAUUGUUUGAGACUGCCGGAGUCAUCAUAGGUUACGAAACCGCAUUGCUUGAGACCGCCAGAGUCAUCAAAGGCAACGAAGCAGCAUUGUUUGAGACUGCCAGAAUCAUCAUAGGCAACGAAGCAGCAUUGUUUGAGACUGCCAGAAUCAUUAUAGAUAACGAAACCACAUUGUUUUGA